GCAGCUGACUGAAAAAAAUCCUAUCAUUGUGAUGGGCAUGGAGGGACCAUUGACCCUUGAAAAUUUGGUCAUUUUCAUGAUAUUACCUUUAGUUGUCACGUCACGUGUGGAAAAUGGAUAUGUCGUCAUACAGACUGGUCAACUACCCUCUAAAUCGUGUGCUUUGUAUGAAUUCCCUGUGGUUGGCACUUCCUCUGCCAGAAUCCAGUGCGGUAUAGAAUGUAAUAAGCUAAACCAUUGUAUCGGGAUGGAUGUAAUUGAAUCUGACGUUAAUGUUUGUAGGCUUCUUUCGGGGUUUUCGGCGCUUAUUCCAGCAAAUUCUUCAAAUAAUCACUGCUCGCGAUAUCAAAAGUCAAAUGGGAUUGCUAAAGGAACUGACUACUACUGCAGUGUCCCUGUGAACAAUGAACGCAACGUAUCCACACUGUGCCACCAGGACAGCUACACAUGGACGAUAAUUCAAAGAAGAUUUGAUGGAUCUGUCAACUUCAAACAAAACUGGGCCACUUACGAGACUGGGUUUGGAUCAAGAGACUCUGAAUUUUGGAUAGGGAAUGAAAACAUACAUCUUCUGACCACUAAAGGAUACACGCAUCUUAAGAUUGAGCUAAUGGAUCACACCUGUGCGUGGAAACAUGCAGAAUAUAACGUUUUCCACCUCGAUGAUGCUAGCCAAAAGUACCGACUAGACGUAUCAGGCUAUUCUGGAAAUGCAGGUGACAGUCUUCUCUACCACGACAAUAUGCUAUUCAGUACAUAUGAUGCUGAUAACGACCAGAAUGGUUUCUACAACUGUGCUCUCGGGAGACUAGGCGGAUGGUGGUAUAACUCGUGCCACAAGUCUAAUCUUAAUGGCGAGUACAGCAACACGGACAAUUCAAAUGGUAUCAACUGGCAUGCCUGGAUGGGAUUUGAGUAUUCUAUGACGGAAGUGAGAAUGAUGCUUAGAAAUCCUACACUUUGAAUCUUUGUGAUGGUUCUAGCCAUUAGGGUUACAUGUACCACAAAUAUAAACCAGUUAAUAAAAAUCAUCGCUCUUCUUGGGGGUGUAAUUUCGACCAGAUGCUUUAUGAAAUGUCUUAGAUCUAUAACACUGUUAAUGAAAAAUUAAAAUUCAUUACAUUAAAAUCGACAAAGAAA